GUUAGCAAGCGAAAUUUCCUAUCCUCGGUGAUUCGAAAUUCCUAUCGGGAUAAGAAUGUCGUCGACGAAGAUGAAGAAUGUUCGUAACCGGCAAGAGCGAAGCGAAAACUGAGCUGCGUGGAAAGGAGCGCGGCGGAGAGGGCGCAGAAGGGUGAAAGAGGAAAGUUUAGCUGCGAGGGCGAGAGAGGGAGAAGGCCUAGAAAUAGAGAGACUCCGUGUCAGCGUGGGGGUGUACGUGUAUAUACCAAGGGAGAGAGAGAGAGGACGAGAGACGAGCAGAGGGAGGUGAAGAGAGAUAGAGACGGUGGAGAAACGAGGCCUCCGUGUUCCCUUUGAAGGCACUCGGCGGUCCACCUGCCGCCGCUGUCGGUGGCUGUGCAGAAUGCGGGGGCGGUGGUGCGGCGACACGAACGGAGACCAGUGAUGCUCUUCACGGUUCCACGGAUUGAUCUUCGAACGGUUCGCUCCCGUUCCUGCGAACGCUCUCCGACGAGACACAUCUACACGCGCCCUGGACCAGCGGGUAAACUCGGCUGUUUUGUCAACUGCUUUCACGUGGUGGCCUCAUAUUUCCGAGACGUCGCAAGACACGCUACUCCAUCGACGUGGAUCCAGUGAGAUCUUCGUCAGUGUGUAGGUUUGACCGUGGAAACGAUUCCUGGCUGGGCACUGGUGAUGCACAGUGUUUUUAAUCCUGUGGAAAGCAAUCUACACUUGGUGGAGCGUUCAACAAUUUAAAACACUAGUAGGAGCUGGCCUCCAAAACUGAAGCACCACGAGGACAUGGACUUUCAGUUGGCUUCCCAAGCAUCUCGACUUCCAGAAACCCAAGACAACAGGGUAGAAAGUAUUAAAGCACAGUGUUUUUAAUCCCGUGGACUCAAAGGAGUCUACACUUGGAGCGUUCAACAAUUUAAAACACUAGUAGGAGCUGGCCUCGAAACCUGAAGCAUCACGAGGACAUGGACUUCCAGUUGCAGCAGUGAACUCUCGCUAACCUAAACCUGGAAUCUUCGAGAAUCUAAAGCACACCAUCGGGAGUUGGCUUCUCAAGCACCUCGACUUCCAGGAACCCAAGACAACAGGGUAGAAAGUAUUAAAGCACAGUGUUUUUAAUCCCGUGGACUCAAAGGAGUCUACACUUGGAGCGUUCAACAAUUUAAAACACUAGUAAGAGUUGGCCUCGAAACCUGAAGCACCACGAGGACCUAGACUCUCAGCUACAGGGUGGACAGUAGUGACAGAGCACAGUGGGUAGACACGAUAUCUAAAGUCCUGUGAAUUCUCCCUAUCUUGGAGUCUUCAACAACCGCUACAGCGCAGCAUCAGGCGUCCCAAGCACCAUGAAGACCUAGACUUAGACCUAGACUUCCGUAGUCAUCGCAAGGACCGUCGAUGAGGGCUGACCCUCGGAUAGGAGGCUCGUCAAUCGACCCGAUCCAAGCAGUGAUCAAUCCUCUUGGUCCACUCGCAGAUACAUCCACCGAGGAGAUGAGCGUCGUCGACCUAAUGACGUUCCUGGACGUUUGCCAGCUCUAUCUGCAGACCAGGCGGAAGUCUCGUAGCCUGUGCACCCUGUGGGCCAUCGUCACGUUCAUUCGCACGGAGGACACCAGCGAGUUCGUGCGCUGGUGUCACGCGUACACCGUGCCCCAUCUGCGAUAUCGAAACGACUCCGUCGGUCCCCAGGUGAAAGAGAAGCCGAGGGUCGACAAGUUGAUCCUGCAGCACCUGCAGGAGCUGUUCAACUGUGGCUGCAUUCCGUCGUGCGAUAUUGGUUUAUGAACGGUGGCUCUGGGACAAGCUCAAGUAUGACGAACUCGUAUUCGAAUCGCGGUCUGGAGUCGGGUCUUCUUCGUGGUGGGAAGUUUUGAGAUCUAGGAGCGUACUGAGACCAAUUUUACUGUAUUUCGAUACCUAGUCACAUGGUAGCCUAAGAGCCAGCUAGGAUCCUACUUACGUCAUUUUCAAACUAUCGCGGACACGCGUGUGGAUGAGGCUAGACCAUCUUAGCGAGAGGGAUGUCUGAAAGCGACGGAGAGCAGAUAGCUCGGUCGGUGGCGUUGGAGCAAGCCUACGUCCAUGAAGUUUACGAACAAUGCGCCGAGAAGACUGUCCAGAGCAGACACUGGCCGCGGAUCUAUCAGUUUCUCGAGGAGUUGGAGCCGGGGGCCCUCGUCUGCGACAUUGGUUGUGGUAACGGGAAGUACCUCAGCGUUAAUCACAGCAUCUUUAAGGUGGGAGUGGACCGGUGCAAGCGUUUCACGGAUAUCGCGCGUGAGAAGGAAAAUGAGGUGCUAAUGUGCGACAAUCUUGCCCUGCCGUUUCGAGAUGAAAGUUUCGACGCGGUCCUUUCGAUCGCUGUGGUGCACCACUUCGCCACGACGGAGAGGAGGGUUCACGCGCUGAAAGAACUCGCUCGGGUACUGCGAAUCGGUGGCCGUUUAGUCAUAUCCGUAUGGGCUAUGGAACAAAGGCAUAGAAAGUUCGAGUCUCAAGAUGUUUUAGUGCCAUGGCCCAAAGCGUAUUGCGCGAACUCCGCGCUGGACAGGUCGAAACGCACCGGAGCGCCGAACCUCAACGACGUGCACUCUAAUCAAAACGCUCAAAAGUACUUAUCUUCCAAAAGGAACAGCCAACGAAAAUGCAAAAGCAAGAGCUAUUGGAUCGAUCCGAUAUUCAGCCCAUCGCCGUCUACCAGCAGCCUAUCCAGCCCCAACGAGACCUGCUACAGCUUUUUUCGCCGCGCUUUGCAGAAACUAGCCGGAGGUAGACGUGGAUCCGGAAGUCGGCCUUGGUUUCUUGAAAGCUGGCAGAGCGGCAGCGGGAAGAGUCGAAGGGACUACGAGCAAGACGAGCCUCCCGACGUGGACGAGCUGCCCAUCGAGUUGCGCCGCGUCGAGAACGUGAACGUGACGCUGAACAAGCAGUCGGACUCGUUGAGCAUCAAGUCAAAGAGCCUCGGCGACAUCCUGGAGAUCCAACGGGUGGACCUGGUGAGAUCCAGAUCCAGCAUCCCCGGUCUGUGUUCCGUGUUGACGUCCGAAACGAAUUUGGACGGCGAUUCCAGGACCUCAUCGUCGAUGAGUGGCUCGAAGCCACGGUUAGUCAAGCAGAAGUCUCACGUUGACGACGUCGGUUUGGAAAAUCCUGAUUACACUGCCAUUCAAGAUCUAACUAAGGACGUUCCAGACUUUCAAAUAACAUCCAGUCACUGCUCGAAGCGAGGUAGCAUCGUGAAACAGAGCUCGAUGAACGAGGAGCUGAUGUCCACGGAGAGGCUGGAGGAGAAGAAGAGGUUGCGACGGAACAUAACGAAGCAGGCAUCCCUGAACGAGGAUCUGAUCUACAAAGGAAACACGUUCGAAGCUCUCAGAGAGUCCCUCUACUCUGGCAACGCGACUAGAAGGUUUCAGCUGUUAAAAAGUGGCCUUACGAACAAGAUUAGACAGUCGACGACAAACAUCGAGGUGUCGGGAUUGUCGCUCAAGAACGGUUUCGUGAAGAUCCUUCAGGGUUGGAAGUCGAUGGACAGCGAUACGCCGGCAUCGGACACGGCCAACGACGAGUCGUCGAAAACGAAAGCAAACGAGAAAAAUCAGCCUGCGGCUACGCCGAAGAAGGAAGCGGAGGGCGUCGAGAGACGCCUGUCUCGAGAGGACGGUUCAGACUCGUCCAAGGACAGCAGUCUGCAGAGCGACACGAGCGUCGACUCCGAGGACAGUUUCGCGUCCGUGAUCUACGUGCCAAAGCAGGACGCACCGCCUUUGGCGGAUAUUAUACCGGUAGCCACUGGUUACCAGAUAGGCAGCACGUCAGCUCCUCCUUCGCCGCGCGUUAAAUAUCCACCGGAUAUAUCCAAUGCGAGGCUCAAGCUCAUUUCCAUAUCGCCCCUGCUCAAACAGUUCCCAGCUACGAGCAAGUCCUUGCCUCCGCCCAGUCCGCCUGGUUUGUCUCCUCGUACCCUCAAUCCGAUGUUCACGAGGCCGUUUUUUGCUUCCACAACCUCUGCCCCGCAACCGUUGCCCGAGGAAACGACGAUUGUCGCAAAGAAAACGGACGUCUCGAACGGUAAUAGUCAGUCACCGAGUACAGAUCUGCAGCCGAGCAGAAGGAACAGCGAGGUCGAGACGGUUCCCAGUAGAAAUAGUUCCUUCGAAGGGAAGAAACCCAAUCUGCAAGCCAUACGCGCCUAUCGGUCCAUGUCGGAGACCGUCGACAUCGAGGAGCCCAAGACCAUCGAGGACACCGCUCCCCUGCUACCAACUACGGAGGAACCCUGCGAGAUAGCGUCGCAAGAGAAGAGCCAGGAGAUCGCGAAGGAGGAGGACAGCCGUAAAGCCAGGUUGAAUCAGAUAAAGGAGCUGUUGAAACAGAAACCAGGUUUCGCGACGCGAACAAAGCCAUCCUUUCCCCUGGUUAGGCGCGCCUCGACCACGGCCAGCGGUCGUUUGGAGACCGUUACGAAAGUUCUGCCGCGGUUGCUCUCCCUGGAGUUAUUCAAUCCCGAAACAGACGACUUGGACAGCGAUUCCAGCGGAGUGUCCUCGCCUGAGUCGGUGGGCUCGGUGAUCAGCGUGAUCUCCGAUGAAAGGUACAUAAAAAAGGAGAGCACCAAGUCCGAGGGCACCGAGUCAGAAGUGUUGGACAGUUCUGCGGAGAACGUGUCGGAUCCCAGCGACACGACCGCGGAUGAGUCGUCGGGGUACGUGGCAGACUCUAAAGAAGAAGAUACCAAAGGGGACAGCACUUCGUCUCAGUCUUCGAGGCUCAUAGAGGCGGUAGCCACCGUCGCCAGCUCCUUGGAGGACGCCGUGGAGACAGCCAUCCAGAAAACGCAAAGUCGAUCGUACUCGUCUCAACCGACGCAACAGACCGUCGAAACGUCGCUCACCGGUGAAAGCAAACUCAGAACUAAGCACUCAGGUUUGAUCGACAGCUACCAGUUGCCCGAAGUAGAGGACACCUGGAGCGAGGAGUGCCGCAAGCAUUUGAUAGACGUCACCGAGAAGCUCAGCGAGAAUCUGAUGCAAGACACCGAUCAGUACGAUCGGAAACUCGAGAACCAGGUGGACAGAAGCACUCAGAUCCUGUAUGACACGUUGUCAACGACGAGAGGAGACCUGGACAAGCGCGGUACGAUGCCGUACGAAAUCAACCUAGCCAGGUCCGUGAAGCCUAGUAAAUACAACGACAUGUCUAACACGAUCGCUUGGCUGAGCAGCAAUAGCAACGGUUUCACAGAGAGCACCGAGAAGAUAGGCUCGGAUGUCGGCAAUCUGAACGAGUUCGAAGACAAGAUGCACCGAAGCACGUCCGAGGACAUAAUGGACUUCGUGAUGGUCUCGAACACCGGCGAGUUCAUGAACGAAAGGGAGAACGCUUCGUUGGACAAGCAUCCUUCCAAGCCAGCGUAUCUCAGGGCGGCGAACUCAAUGGAAUCGAGCGACAUCGGCGAUUCCAUCGACAAUACGAUCAGCCUCAGCGACGGUAGCCACGCGGAGUCGACGGGGAGGCUCUGCAGCAGCAUGGUGUCCCUUCUGUCGUCCAACAACACGGAGUACCCGAAAUCGUACGCGGAGAAACGCAGACUCCAGAUACAAAGGCGAUCCGCCUCCGAGGAAACGCCAUCCAGGUACCCAGACAACAGCAAACGCAGCACCGAUUGCCUGGUUACCACCACGAGAAGCAACGACACCCUGAGCGCGUCCUCGUCCCAGGAGUCCUUGCCGUCGGACCGCGGCGGCGGUGCGAUCACAUACCAUCAGUACUAUCACGUGUUCAGGGAGGGCGAGCUGGACCAACUGAUCAACAAAUACGUGGAGAACUUGCACAUUAUCUCGUCCUACUACGACCACGCGAGCUGGUGCAUCGUCGCGGAGAAGGUGCAGGUCUGGACUAUAUGACUCGAGGCCUGUGCUCGAGUCAUGCGCACAAUCCUCUGCGCGUCGGUUUCUCAAGCGUCGCGCUCGUUGCGCUACCGCGCCGUCAGGCGGAUCACUUAUCGGGGAAGUUAAUCAGUUCGUAAAGCUUUACUCGAGAACGUCGUUUCGCGUGAAACCAGCCAUCUUUUUUUUAGCAACAUAUUGGUCUUGGCUGAGAUUUGGAUACGUUGCAGUCUUUCGUUAGUCUUGACCCAGCGCAUUAAAUACAGAGAUCUCGGAUUCUUAGAUCCUCUCGGGGUUUACAGGUAGUCUAGCUAUCCUAACGAGUCCUUCGAACGAAGAAACGUCGCGUUAAAAGAUGAUGUUUUUAAGUUAACUCCUCAGCCAAACUCGAAAUGUUGCUCCAAAAUGUGUCCUUGUUUCGCGUGGAACGACUCUGUAGCGUUAUCCUUGCGGAUCACGCGCGGUACCUACGCGGUUUCUUUGCGCUUAGUCUAUCGAAAGCAGAUGGAUCAUCCUGGAUUUUCUCUCAUUCUUUUUCUAGAGGCAAACACACCAAGAACUAGAGAUGGAUAAAAUUUGACGAGACCUUUGCUCAUGUCCACCAGGUACCGCGUAAACCGAGGAGGAACGCUACGUCUCGCAACUAUCUAAGAUCUCUAGCGUAUAAAAUCGUAUAUCCAUGACGUAAUAUAUCGGUGCAUUGUGUCGAGUUGCAAACAAUAUCUAAUAUCAUUCGCUGUGUACCAAAAGAAAGGGGGCGUGAACGCGAGGCGUGAAAAGGGAUUAGGGGGUAGGUUAAACGAAGAGGAAGGCGACGUGUAAAUAUGUAAAAUAAAACCGUUUCCGACGUAAGCGCACAGAUCGGCAAACAAAGGUAUUCAUCGAUAAGCGACACUUGAUAGAAUAGAGAUUUGUAUCGUUCGUCUAAGCGCUUGACCAAAAAAUGUUUCUUCGUUCACUUGUUUAAUCCGUUCGUCUUUGAUUGACCCCCGUUGGAAAUCCAUUCUAGUCUCGAACGGUGAUAUACGUAGUCUUAGUUUAAGCGUUAGGUCCGUGGUUCCUAAUCUUUUUCAUCGCUGAACACCUGUUACGAUCACUCGAUCCCCUUUCCCAUUCCCGAAACUGUAACACGUUCCAACUAUCCGUAAGGUAAAAUAUCUUCUGUGCACUAUGUUCGCGGACUAUUCAGAUACAUUCGGUUUCGCUCACUUAUCGGCUAAAGCUGGGGCUAUUUCAUCAAAUUUUGCAGGCUUUCGAACGUUUCGACACUCGACGAAUGUCGUCCGAGUACUUGACGUACCCGUAAAGUAUUCGAAUCUAAAAAAUUGUUGGUAUAGUCCCAGGUCCAAUUCAGUUCCGGAUCGAUAGAUCGACGCUUUUCCUUUCUUCGCGUAAAUACAGAAGAAACCGAGUCGCCACGAGACACUGUACCAUUAGAAUGUACGAUAAACGAUCUUGUUCUCUCGUGGGGACUCGUCGUUUCCUUAUUAUAAACGGUGCGCGCGGCAGGGGCCGACGGGAACUUUCUUUUUACCGUGUAUAUAAAUAAAACAAUUGAUUCUCGUAGAUAAUUUCCAAGUGUAACGAUGCUUCGGUAGCGUUUAUUCGAAAAAUCGAGGACCCGCGAUUAGAAUAUAAGACGCGUGGAACUGCUGUUCCAAAGUAGCGGAUGUUAUUGCGUUAUUACUAUUCGAGAGAUUCGGGGAAAAGACGAGAACGGGAAAGCUGACGACACUGUUCCGUAAGGACGUAUGGUUCUUUUCAAGAGAAAGCAUAAAAAAAUGUAGCUAUGGUUUCACGCAUUUACGACAUAUCAAUAUAUUCGUUCGUUUACUUCUUUUCGCUAGUAUUUUCAAAAGCGAAGGGGAACAGGCAGACAGUGUUCGCGACAGCUUCGUGGAAGAGAGGCUCCGCCAGCGACCCUGAAUUACCGAACGAAACGUAAUUCGCAAAGGACCAAAGUAAAUAGAGUACGUCCGUAAAUUCAUGGGCGUCGCAAACGAAAGUUCAAUCACGUAUAAAGAGGGGUGUAGGAAAGUCGAGAUCGUCGCAAAACGCUCGUAAUACCGCAAUAACUAUCGGACCAUUCGACAACAAGAGUAUACCACAAACAGCAGAACGGGGAUUAACCCUUUAUUUAGACGAAGAGACGCGGGCAAAAGCGAGUCAAGUAAUUCCUUAACGAGAUAUCCGAAGCUUUCUAUGUUUACGAUCGAGACACGUACGUUGACAAAAUUUUCACCGGGUAGAUUACGCACGAUGAACGAUUGAGAGACAAUUAAGGGAAAUAAAGGGUUAACGUAACGGCCGGACUCCUGUAUCCAUUACACGUUAAAACGGUACUGACUGCGACAAAACCUAGUUAAAAGAAGCAAAAAAAAAAAAAUGAAAAUAAUAAUAAUUAUUAUUAUAAUAAUAAUAAAAAUAGUAGUAGUUCGCGAAGUUGACUCAAAUAUCAAACCAACUUACACAAGUGUUAACGUAGAACAUAGUGAAAUACAAUCGCGCACGUACGAAAAGGAUUAAUAUCUCUCCAAAGAAGGAAAAAAAAAUAAUGUCACGGAUCCCAGUGAUAUUAUACUUCAUAUGUUACAAACGAGCGUACUUUGCUACACUUUUUUUUUUGUAAAUAUCUUACUGAGAAUACAAAACCAAUAUACUAUACAUACAUACAUACAUACAUAUACCGGCAAUCUAUGACAAUUUCGUGAACGUUCGAACAUGUUGUCUUGUUUUUAAGAAUACGUUACGUUGAUUGCAUAAGGAUGAAUUCGUUACUUUCUACGAAUAUUUUGAGUCAAAUAAGCCUAAUAAAUUUGUAGCUCGCCCACAAUUCUACGAACGUCCACGAUCAAACUGAUCUUUUCGACCAGUCCUCUGACGCGUUCUUUUUUGUUCUUGUUCGAUAUAAUACCUGUCACGCAAGCAUUCUAUAUACAAUUACUAUACAUAUACUACCCGCGUACAGAAACGGUUCGCGAAAACAGUUGUAAAAAGAAAAAUAUACGUACACGAGACGGAGAUCGCCGUAAUAAAAUUAUUAUAGUAGUUACUAUAGAUCAGGCAUGUGCGAAUCCAUGGUUCGACCCAACCAAUUGUUAUACGAUUACUUUAUUUCUGAAUCUAGCAUCGUAGUCUAACGACAGUGGUAUAGUCUUCCUCGAUACGAUUGUUUUAACCCACUUCGACGCGAUAUAAAACCAUUGAUUUGCAUCGUUAUGCUCGAUCGGGAUACAUUCGCACAUACCUACCGUAGGUAAAUCGAUUUAAGGUUUCCUAUUCGUAACUCCACAAGCAAAUUAAGAAACGAACAAAAAAUAAUAACGAAGAAAGCUGUCAGAUUUGAACGCUGCGUCUAAUGUAGGCUGUGCUUGACACAGCCUUGUAUAUACAGGGUGUCCCAAAAAUGUUGGAAGUCGUUGAAAGGGAUGGUUCGGGAGGUGAUUUGAAAUAACUUUUUCCUUAGCGAAAAUGUUGUCCGAGGCUUGGUUGAGGAGAUAUUAAUGGAAAACACUGACCAAUCAGAGCGCGAGUAUGCCGGUGGGGCGUAGGCUACUCGCUAGGCGGCUUCGCUCAUACGCUACCGCGGCCGCUCCCCCGGCAUACUCGCGUUCUGAUUGGUCGGGGUUUUUCGUUAAUAUCUCCUUCAAUAACCCUCGGACAACAUUUUCGCUAAGGAAAAAGUUGUUUCAAAUCACCUCCCGAACCACCCCUUUCAACGACUUCCAACAUUUUUGGAACACCCU